GCGAAGCGGCGUCGCAGCACUGCCAGCAGCACCGCGCGACACACGAUGGAGAAGGUCCUGACGGGCGUCGCGCGCCUGGGCAUGGGCGUCGCCGGCGUGUCGUUCAUCGGCAGCAACUGCCUCUACAACGUCGAGGGCGGCCACCGCGCCGUCAUGUUCGACAACAUCCGCGGCGUGCUGCCCAAGCCCAUUUCCGAGGGCACGGGGUUCAAGAUCCCGGUGCUCCAGACGCCCAUCAUCAUGGACAUCCGGUCGCGGCCGCGGGAGAUCAAGUCCGUCACGGGGACCAAGGACCUCCAGAUGGUCAACAUCUACCUGCGCGUCCUGAGCCGGCCCCGCGAGGAGGCGCUGCCCAAGAUCUACAUGACCCUGGGCACGAACUUCGACGACCGCGUGCUGCCGUCGCUCGGCAACGAGGUCCUCAAGUCCGUCGUGGCGCAAUACAACGCGGACCAGCUCCUCAGCAUGCGCGAGCAGAUCUCGCAGCAGAUCCGGUCGACGCUCACGAAGCGCGCGGAGGCGUUCAACCUCAUCCUCGACGACGUGUCGAUCACGCACCUCGUCUUCGGCAAGGAGUUCACGUCGGCCAUCGAGCAGAAGCAGGUCGCCCAGCAGGAGGCCGAGCGCCAGACCUACGUCGUCGCCAAGGCCGAGCAGGAGAAGAAGGCCGCGAUCAUCCGCGCCGAGGGCGAGGCCGAGGCCGCCGCGACGAUCUCCAAGGCCCUCGAGCAGUGCGGCUCGGGCCUCAUCGAGGUCCGCCGCAUCGACGCCGCCCGCGAGGUCGCCGAGACGCUGUCCCGGGCCCGCGGCGUCACCUACCUGCCCUCGGGCGGCGACAAGGGCGGCUCCAACAUGCUCCUCGGCCUCAACACGGACCGACAGUAGGCGGCGGUCGCGCGCGCGGCCGAAGGUAAAGACCCAUGGGAGUG